CAAAUUGCAUUCGUCGACUUGGACCAUCAAGAACAAGCCAAAACAUUGUCCCUCUUGGGACCGAGCCCGUCUUGCUGCAGGGGCCUGGAUGGUGUGGCUCUCCAGUUAGACAGGCCAUGGCAGUCGGCUGUGAACAAGUACCCUACAUACCCCUCCCACUCUUCCCACUCAUUACCAUCCAUACCCUCGUCCACUCGUCGUUUUGAUUGUGCUUUUUAUACAUCUGCAAUUGUUUGGCCAAUUGACAAUUCCACCCCGCUUUCUCAUCUAUCUCCAUCGCAAAGGUCGGAUUCGAAUCAUCCGGGCUAUUUCUGGUCGAUUGGGAGAGAGGAAUAGAGUGUUGGAUAGCAGCGCGAGAUAACACCAUGUCGAGGACAUCCGUCUUCACCUCCAUCACCCCUCUACCUUCGGGUAUCACAAGGCAGAGUGUCUUGGACGCCUACCAUAACCAUGUUGAGAUGAUUGAGUUGAACCCGCUGGUCGUCGAACGUUAUCAGUGCAAACCCCCAAGCUAUUCACCCGAGGAGGAGCGCAAAUCCACGUGGUACACAAUCAAAGAUAAGGUCAGUUAUCUGCCAGGAGGUUUAGCAACUGGUUCAGUAUCGUACCACGCCUGCUUCCACGAUCUUCCCGAAGGUCUUCAAACCCAUGUAUACGCACCCCUUGGACUCGACAUUCGCGCCAAAUGGACGGUUGGCGGAUCCCUACCCGGAGAACCCAAAGAAGUUGUUGAGCUAGGCCUCAAAGCGCCUGUAAGCGGGCUCUAUAUCCGCGAAGAUGUGCGCAUGAGGUGCAACAUCAUGAUGAUGGGAUUCGUCAAGAAGACGUUCAAAGAAAGUCACGCCAAACUGGUAGACAGGCUUGUCGAAAAAGCGCAUGUUUUGGAAAGCGAGGCCGCCAACAUGCGAUUAAAGAUGCUGAAGAACCUCGCACCGGGUGACCGAUCAGGUCAUGGGAGCAUUUUCAUCGCACCACCCCCUGGAUAUCAAGAUGAGCAGUUACACGAACAGCAAAUCCACUUGGAGGAAAACCAAAACAAGCACGACCAUACCAACAAAUCGGAUACGUCCAAUUCCUUCCAGUAUCCACCAUCGCAAGCAUAUUCCGGCCACCAAAGCAUAUAUUCAAACAGCAGCAGCCAAAGCGGCAUCCACAGCCCAGGUUCAUCCCACGCAUCCUCCACAAACACAUCUGCCCGUGGUGGGGGGGGCAGUAGCUACCUCACAAGUCCCCCCUACUCGUCCAGCUCCUCCCAACGGCAUUCCUUCCACCAACAUUCGCACUCGCAAGAUUGCGACCACCUCCGCCUCAACGACAAACACAUCAACUCGUCCUUGUCCGAGCAAGAAAAACUAGAGCAGCAAAUCAACUACCUCCUCCCUUCCACUCGAUACGAUCCCCAUCAACCUGCUGCCGGCGCCCCCACCACCGUCACAAUCACCACCCCGACCGCCAGCGAGAAACCUGAACCGCUCGCAUCCCACCCUCCCGCAUCCUCGCAGUACGGUCUUCUCCCCGCCGUAGCGUAUAAUCCAAACCAACAACAGCCUCAACGGUCGCUAUCUAGCGCGCGUCGUAGAGCGAAGACGGAGAGUAGCGUGAAUCGCUCGUUCCAACCCCCUGGUCCUCCCCCGACCGCCGAGUUGCCCGGUCCACCCGUUCCGCCAAAAAAUCACAUCACCGUCACCGAGUUGCCUGCUUGA